AUGGCGCUGCGGUGCCUGCUGCUGCUGCUGCUGCUGCUGCUCUCGCUGGAGUCCCUGGACCUGCUGCCCGGAGCCCACGGCGCCCGCGGCCGCGCCACCAACCGGACCCUGAGCGCCGGCGCCGCUGCCGUCGGGGGCCGGCGGCCCGGGGGCGCCUUGGCCCGGGGCGGCCGCGAGCUGAACGGCACCGCCCGGGCGCCCGGCGUCCCGGAGGCGGGGAGCCGGCGGGGACAACCCGCGGCGGCGGCGGCGGCGGCGGCGGCCAGCGCAGCCGUCACCUACGAGACGUGCUGGGGCUACUACGACGUGAGCGGCCAGUACGACAAGGAGUUCGAGUGUAACAACAGCGAGAGCGGCUACCUGUACUGCUGCGGCACCUGCUACUACCGCUUCUGCUGCAAGAAGCGCCACGAGAAGCUGGACCAGCGCCAGUGCACCAACUACCAGAGCCCGGUGUGGGUACAGACGCCCAGCACCAAGGUGGUGUCGCCGGGGCCCGAGAACAAGUACGACCCGGAGAAGGACAAGACCAACUUCACCGUCUACAUCACCUGCGGCGUGAUCGCCUUCGUCCUCGUGGCCGGCGUCUUUGCCAAGGUCUCCUACGACAAGGCCCACCGCCCGCCGCGGGAGAUGAACAUCCACAGGGCUCUGGCUGACAUCUUAAGACAACAGGGACCAAUCCCCAUAGCACACUGUGAAAGAGAAACUAUCUCGGCUAUCGAUACCUCUCCCAAAGAGAACACGCCGGUCAGAUCAUCCUCUAAAAACCACUACACCCCUGUGCGUACGGCCAAGCAGACUCCAGGGCAUUAUGGGAAGGAUGCUUACCGAAGUGGAGGACCAGAUCUCCAUAACUUCAUCUCAUCUGGAUUUGUCACAUUAGGAAGAGGACACACGAAGGGUACACACCAGUAUAACCAUCUGAUUUUAAGCAGUGCUACCCAGACCCCUGCACGUGAGAAACCACGGGUGAACAACAUCCUGACAUCAGCCACCGAGCCCUAUGACCUCUCCUUCUCCCGCUCUUUCCAGAACUUGGCCCACCUGCCCCCGUCCUAUGAGUCUGCAGUGAAGACCAAUCCCAGCAAGUACUCAUCUCUGAAGAGGCUGACAGACAAGGAGGCUGACGAGUACUACAUGAGGCGGCGACAUCUGCCUGACCUAGCAGCCCGUGGCACCCUUCCCCUCAACGUCAUCCAGAUGUCCCAACAGAAGCCUCUGCCGCGGGAAAGACCGCGCCGGCCCAUCCGGGCCAUGUCCCAGGACAGGGUCCUGUCCCCACGGCGGGGCCUGCCAGAUGAGUUCGGUAUGCCCUACGACCGCAUCCUGUCCGAUGAGCAGCUGCUGUCCACUGAGCGCCUGCACUCACAGGACCCGCUGCUGUCCCCGGAGCGGACGGCCUUCCCCGAGCAGUCGCUGUCCAGGGCCAUCUCGCACACGGACGUCUUUGUGUCCACACCUGUGCUGGACCGCUACCGCAUGACCAAGAUGCACUCCCAUCCCAGUGCCUCCAAUAACUCCUACGCCACCCUGGGACAGAGCCAGACAGCAGCCAAGCGCCACGCGUUCGCCUCGCGCAGACACAACACGGUGGAGCAGCUGCACUACAUCCCGGGCCACCACACCUGCUACACAGCCAGCAAGACUGAAGUGACCGUGUGA